GUCCUCCACUAGGCCGGAGGUUGCAAGCAUAGAGCUGGCAGAUCAGGAUGAGCGCCAGUGUUCGCAGAAAGCCGUUGUCCAGGCAAGGUCCUCACAGCCCACACGUCUGACAAGUAUCAUCUUUGCUGAAGAUAUAAUGACUGGACAAGUGCUUCGUUGUGAUGCUAUAGUUGAUAUAAUUCAUGGCAUCCAGAUUGUGUCCACAACGAGAGAACUCUAUCUUGAAGAUUCACCACUGGAGCUAAAAAUUCAGGCUUUGGAUUCUGAAGGAAACACUUUCAGCACAUUGGCAGGGUUAGUCUUUGACUGGACAAUAGUAAAAGACACAGAGGCUGAUGGCUUCUCAGAUUCCCACAAUACAUUACGUAUUCUCAAGUUCUUAGAAUCCAGUUAUAUUCCACCUUCCUAUAUAUCGGAGAUGGAAAAAGUUGCCAAGCAAGGAGAUACUAUUUUGGUGUCUGGAAUGAAAACAGGGAGUUCUAAAUUAAAAGCAAGAAUACAGGAAAGCGUCUAUAAGCAUGUACAUCCUGCAGAAGUCAGAUUGCUUAUUUUGGAAAACAUCCUUUUAAAUCCAGCAUAUGACAUUUAUCUUUUGGUGGGAACAUCAAUUCAGUACAGAGUUCAGAAAAUAAGGCAAGGGAAGAUUACAGAAUUAGUGAUGCCAUCUGAUCAAUAUGAACUGCAGCUACAGAACAACGUACUUGGUCCUGAGGGAGAUCCAUCUUGGCCAGUUGCCAAAUUGGACCAGGCGACAUCGGUUGUAACUGCAUUGCAGCAGGGACAAACUAACCUCGUACUGGGGCACAAGAGUAUUCGGAUGCAAGGGGUUUCCAGACUACCAAACAGCACUAUCUAUGUUGUAAAUCCUGGAUAUUUAGGAUUUACAGUUCAUCCAGGUGACAGAUGGGUCCUAGAAACAGGCAGACUUUAUGAAAUUACAAUCGAAGUAUAUGAUAAAUCAAGCAAUAAGGUGUAUUUAUCUGAUAAUAUCAGAAUUAAUACAAAGCUGUCCAAAGAAUAUUUUGAAGUGUUGAAGUCAUCUCUGAAUGGAUCAUAUCAUUAUGUGAAAGCAGUAAAGAAGGGUCAGACCAUUAUUGAUGCUGCACUGACAUCAGUAGUAGAUCAGGAUGGAGGUGUUCACACAUUACCAGUUCCAGUGCGAAACCAGCAAGAUGUUGAAAUAUAUGUUCCCAUAGUUCUUUCACCCAGCGUUUUGACAUUUCCUUGGCAGCCAAAAGCAGGAGUCUACCAGUACACCAUACAGGCUCAUGGUGGAAGUGGAAAUUUCAGCUGGUCCUAUUCUAACCAGGCAGUUGCUACAGUGACAGUCAAAGGAGUAAUGACAACUGGAAGUGAUAUUGGCAUCAGUGUUAUUCAGGCAAAUGAUGUUCAGAAUCCGUUGCAUUAUGGAGAAAUGAAG